AAUGUAAUAAUUAAUCUCUUAAGGAGCAGAGGCUAGGAUUUACAAAAUUUAGUUUUUAGGUGACUUAGCCAUUUUAAAGGAGAGAUUAUCAAAAUAAUAUCGACUAAAAGCUCUAGAUGAUAGAAUUACUACAGAAAGAGUUAAAACUGUAUUAAAUACCACUAAUAUAGGAAUCAAGAUUGUUAAGUAAAGCAAGAUAAUUAGGAGUUAAUGUUCCACACUUAUACUAUGUCGAUAAUAACUAGAUAAUUAUGAUGUAUAUAGAUGGAGUCAAACUAAAGGAUUAUUUGAAUAAUUUAGAAAAGGAGAACAAAGCUAAUGAAAUAUAACAAAUUUUAACUUUAGUUGCUUAAGAUAUAGCUAAACUACACAAUGGAGGAAUAAUACAUGGAGAUUUGACCACUUCAAAUAUUUUAGUUUAAAAUUCUAAGCCAUACUUUAUUGAUUUUGGACUAAGUUAUACAAAGGUUGGAUUUGCAGAGGAUUAUGCUGUUGAUUUAUAUGUACUUGAAAAAGCUUUUCUGAGCACUCAUCCUACAUUAGAAAAUGAAUUCUAAAUAUUAUUGGAGGAAUAUAAAAAAUUAUAAAUUAAAGGUAAGGAAGUAGAUUAAAAGUUAAGAGAGGUUAGACAAAGAGGAAGAAAGAAGGUAGCCUUUGGGUGAUAU